AUGGAAGAACCUGUUGCGGCAAUCUCAAACCAGCCUUCAUCAGCUACAACAUCAGCUACAACAUCUUCGCAACCACCACCUCGUCAACCCAUCUUUCUCCCUGCGGCAGUCCCAAGAUCGACUCUCGCACCUCGUCGAGCCCAACACCCUCCUCUGGCAUCGUGUCGAUCGGUCUACAGCUAUACCCGACUGAAUCAUAUCGAGGAAGGGACGUACGGCAUCGUCUUUCGAGCGCGAUGCAACGAGACCGGCGGGAUCUACGCUUUGAAGAAGCUGAAGCUGGAGGAAGAGAAACAAGGGUUCCCGAUCACCAGCUUGAGGGAGGUCAUGGCGUUGAUGGUCGCCGGCGAGCACGAGAACGUGGUUGGAGUGAGAGAGAUUGUCGUCGGAGAUACUUUGAAUCAGAUCUUUAUUGUGAUGCCGUUCAUCGAACAUGACCUCAAGACCUUGUUGGAGACGAUGCCACAUCCAUUUCUCCAGUCCGAAGUCAAGACGUUGAUGAUGCAGCUGUUGAGCGCGGUAGCUCAUUGUCAUAGCAACUGGAUCCUUCACCGCGAUCUCAAAACGUCCAACCUGUUGUUGACAAAUCGUGGGCAAAUCAAGGUGGCCGAUUUCGGGCUCGCUAGAAAGUUCGGCGACCCGUUGGGAGAGAUGACGCAGUUGGUGGUGACGCUUUGGUACCGGAGUCCUGAGUUACUGCUUGGUGCAAAAGAGUAUACCACAGCGGUAGACGUCUGGUCGGUAGGCUGCAUCUUUGCGGAAUUGAUGCAAAAGGACGCCCUGUUCCCGGGUCGAGGCGAGAUUGACCAGAUCGGACGGAUAUUCAACCUGCUGGGCAAACCUACGGAGGAGAUGUGGCCAGGAUUCUCCAGGCUGCCUCUGACACGGACCAUAAAUCCUAUUGGACCUCCAUACUCGUCGUUGCGAAAAAAGUACCAGUUUCUCAGCGAUUCAGGGUACGACCUGUUGGCGUCUCUGUUACGAUAUGACCCGGAGGAGAGGAUCAGCGCCGAUGUCGCCUCGCGGCAUCCUUACUUUGACGAAUCGCCUUAUCCGAAGCACCCCGACCUCUUUUCCAGCUUUCCGAGCGUGGCUGCAGGUGAAAAGUAA